CAUCUAUAACCAUAAAGAUGGAAUCAAAGGGUACGAGAUUUGCUUCGAUUGUUCUUUUGUCGUUGGCGGUUGUGUUGUUUGCUUAUGUUUCGGCAGACGGUGGUUAUGGGAAGUCGCAGCUAGAGGGAUAUAUGCCACCAAAACCAGCAACACCAAAAGAACAGACGGGGUAUGAAAAACCCAAUCCUAAGUUACCAACAAAGCCUAAGUUGCCGACGAAACAUGUGGCACCCAAAGAGGAGCAUGGAGCAUAUGAGAAGCCGAAGCCUAAGUUGCCAACAAAGCCUGAGGUACCAAAAUAUGACCAGAAAAGUUAUCAAAAUAACUAUCCUAAGGUACCAUCAACCAAAAAGCCGUUGGUACCCAAGGUGCCAGAGCAUCCGAAGAACAUAGCGGUUCAAGGUCUUAUUUAUUGUAAAUAUGGUUCCAAACUCCUCCCGAUUCAAGGAGCGACUGCGAGAGUGACUUGUUUGGCGGUGCACAAGAACGGAUAUGAAUCCGCUCCAUUUUCAUUCUCGAGUUGUCCAGCAGACGAAAAGGGUUACUUCUUGGCCAAACUACCAUCAUCGACGCUUGUGAAGGAUGAUCUAUGGGAGAUCACAGAAUGCAAGGCUUUCCUUGAAAACUCGCCAUGGACGAGCUGCAACGUUCCAGAAGAUACCAACGGAGGAAUUAAGGGUGUUCGUGUUACAUUUUCUCGUCAUCUCAACAGCAGUGGAUUUUGUUUGUCAUCCGUAGGCCCUUUUAUAUACACCCCGGGACCCAAAGAAGGUUACUAGACGCAUCAUCAUUUGACAAAGUUUUUUUUUUAUUAUUGUUUUACCAUCGUAUUUCAUUGUGUGAUCAUUGAUUUUUUCAUUUUGUUGUGGUGUUUUGUGAUGAAUUGAUUCGACGUCAAAGCCUCAAAGGCUCAUCAGCUCAUAUUUAUUUGUUCAAUAUAUCCUUGAAGAAAUUUCUUUAGC